AUGUUGGUUUGUGCUGCCUCGAUUAAGUGCUUCUUGCUUGUUGCUUUUCUUUACAGGAACUGGUCUAAAUCCAAAAAGUGGCUUCUAAAAUUAUUUGAGAAAGUAGUGUCAGAUGCUGAAAGAACCAACCCUUCAGAGACCACAUCCAAGACACUACUUCAGCACCUCCUGGAUAACUUGCAAGGAAAACAUCUGGCUCCCAACUACGGUCUCCUGAUGCUCUGGGCCUCCCAAGCAAAUGCUGUCCCUAUUGCAUUCUGGACCCUUGUUUUCAUACUCUCUUAUCCUACUGUUUACAAGAAAGUCAUGGAAGACCUGACUUCUGUUUUUGGCAAUGCAGGUAGGGAUGAAAUAGAAGUCUCUGAAGAGGACCUGAAGAACCUCCCUUAUGUUAAGUGGUGCGCUUUGGAAGCCAUACGGCUGAGGUCUCCAGGCGCAAUCACCAAGAAAGUAAUAAAACCAAUAAGAAUUCAGAAUUUCACCAUCCCUGCAGGUGACAUGCUGAUGUUGUCUCCGUAUUGGCUGCACAGGAAUCCAAAGUAUUUUCCCGACCCAGAAAUGUUCAAACCUGAUCGUUGGAAAGAGGCAAAUUUAGAGAAGAAUGCUUUCUUGGACGGCUUUGUGGCAUUUGGAGGAGGGAAGCAUCAGUGUCCAGGAAGAUGGUUUGCUAUCAUGGAAAUCCAGUUGUUCGUUGUGCUGUUCCUGUACAAAUACCAAUUUGUGCUUUUGGAUGCAGUACCAAAGGAGAGCCCUUUGCAUUUGGUGGGGACACAGCAACCCCUGACACCAUUCCGGGUCCAGUAUAAAGGCUGGGAAUGAAGGGAGCCCAGUAGUGACUUACCUUUCUUUGCCUGGAUGAAUGGACUGUUGAGCUGCUUCUCUGCUCUUUGUAUUCAAACAAGUUCUCUGCUGUUGCAGUUCUUAAUUCCAGCUUUACAUUGUGUACAUGCUCUGUGUUGCAAUAAGCCAUGACAACACAGUCUUAUCUAUGCUCUUCUUCCCAGUUGCCUACCUCCUAGUACUGAAAAAUCAAGCUCUCCUGCCAAAUUAGUCACAGUCUAACUGAUAGGCUAAACUCACCAACCAAACAUUCAGGACAAAAACUGCUAUGUCUGAAAAUCCUGCAAGGAAGUGUUGCCAGAGGCAGCAGAAAAGCAGGUUCCUGCUUCCUGCAGGUGUCUUCAAGCCAAGGCCAAAGCUGCAAGCAUGAGAAACAGCUGGGAUGCUGUUCCACUGGAGCACCUUCCAUUGCUGCUGAGUUUGAUUCUGUCAGAACUGGUCCUGGCACGAAUACCCAGUGACAGCUUGAUGGCGGUGCUUGGCCGCAGUGCAGAGCGAUGGCAAAAACACCAUUGCUCUUCAUUAGUUUGGUGGUCUAGAACUGAGAACCCUUUUAUUUUUAACAUGAUUUGCAGAACACAUUAAUCAAUCUAAAACUAUUCAAUUCUAUGAAGAGUAUCUGGUAAACGUUCAAGGAAACUCUCAAGUAAAUAAGUUCAGAAACCGACGCUUUAACUGCUGUCAGAUUUCAUAUACAAUAAUAGCAGACAUGUAUUUUUAGUUUUCUAAGUAAAGAUUAUUCAUCAUUUUAUAAGUGCUUGCAAAAAAAACACCCAAAUGGCCUUUUGGCGGUGGUAGGUAUGGGAAUAACAUCCAUAGGAAAAUAACACACGAUAUAAUUCACUAAAUGGUUGGAUCAUCUCAGUUAUGGAUACUACAGUUUAACAAUACCUGCUCUCGACAGCCAGAGAAGCCAAACAAGAACGUGAAUUAAAGUGGCUUUGUGACUCUCCCUUUGAAAUCCCAGCACUGCGUGACUGCCCUGUUGUCAAUGGCCAUCCAUACUUUCCUAGGCAGGAAAAACCAUGUGAGGUGGAUUAGUAAAGUAGUGUGGUGGUCAGGUGAUAGAGCUGAACGGGGUCUUCUACUCGGAAAUAAUUUAAAAGCUUCUGGGAGAGGGAAGCAUAGCACUGCACCACUGGGACAGGGUUAAACAAAUGUUGAAAGGUCACGGAAAGGCCAGGUUGGAUGGGGCCAUGGGCAGCCUGGGCUGCUCUGAAAUGUGGAGGUUGGUGGCCCUGCCUGUGGUGGGGUUGGAACCUCAUGAUCCUCGAGGUCCCUUCCAACCCAAACCAUUCUGUGAUUGCAAUCCCCUACACGCGAUUGGAUGAAGAAUUUUUAAAUUAGUAUUUUUCAGAUGUCUGUCCAGUCUGCUUUUAAAAAUGGCAGAGCUGAAGUUCCAAAGUGAUUGUUCCUCUCCUGAUAGGAGGCUUCCCUGCAGGUCGAUGGGGGUCACAAUGAGCUUUUUAUUCAUGCUACUUGCUGUAUGGAGCAGGAGGCUUUAAACCCAAAGAGAAAAAAGGAGCAGUAUUUGGCCUAUCUUUGUGUUUCUGUCUCCUUAACAAAGUACGGAUGUUAAAGGGAGUGCAGUGGGUGUCCUGUGGCACCUUCAAAAAUGAAUUAUUCCACCUCCAGAUGCGGCAUCCAUCAGAGCACAGCCCUCAGCCCGGGCCAGUUGGGAUGGUGUGUUGGCAUUCAUGUGGCCAGGAAUCAGUGGCACCUAUUUCUGAGCCACUGCAACAAAUCUUAAGUCUUUUUAAGAAGAGAGCAAGUCUAGAGUUAGGAGGAAUGAAAAAUAAAGCUCUUUCAAACUAA